UUUUAUAAUAUUGUUAUUAAUAUACAUUAAUGACAUGAGCCAACCAUAUCAGCCCUCUCCCUCCUUCCUUUCAUAUCAUGCUUAUAGACAUUUAAGGACCAGAAUAAGACCUGCCUUCUCUCUGAAACUUCCCCAUGGAAAGUCUGGCAGACUUGUUUUAUUUUCCAGUCUUACUGCUUAGUAGUUAAGAGACCUGUUUCCUAAUCUAUCAAAGCUGCAACAGCUCAUUUCUUGAGGUUGCUGUGAGGUUUGAAGGUGAUGAUGAAUGUGAAGCAUGUAGCCCCAGGCUCCACAGAUGCUGAUUUCACUUCCUCAGUCCCUCUCCCCCUUUCUUUCUGUUAGAGUAGUUCACACUUCUGUCUUCUUCUCCUGUCUGCAUUUGCACAGUCUCAGUGUGGGUUUGCCCUCUGUGGUGGUUCUCUUCUAUAAGAGGCAGUUGAGGUUAAGCCCCUAGAAGACAGGGACUUGCCCGGUUGACAUUUCAUGAUCUGCCUAGGAGUUAGAAGCAAUUUCCUGAUCCCUCUUUGGAGCUAGAGCAACACAGGGACUACGGCCUCUGGGAUUGCCCUUUGGGCCCAGCAGUGGCCGCUCCAGGCCUAGGGCCAGGCAGCCAGCCAAGCCCAUCCCCAGGAACAGUGGCCAGUGCCAGCACAGAGGAGGAAAGAGUCUGGAGGCUGAUGUGCAGAGGAGGGAGGGAGAGCCAGAGCAGCUGGGCUGAGACUGAGGGAGAGAAGCUGGAGGCUGAUUUUGGUCCAGCAGAAGCUAAGCAGAACUGCUGUCUUUGGUCUUUCAGGUAAACACUCAAAGCUCUAAGUAGAAAAGAAAAAAAGCCUAGAAGUAGGUUUCCCCAGUUUGUGGGGUUUUUUUCCCUUCUUUUUUCUGCCUUUUCUUUCUCCGUAUCCCUCCUUGUCUUUGGCUCCAUUCAACCCAUUUGUGCCCCUUGCUGAAUCAGGAGAAUGAUCACUUACUGUGAGCAGAUCUGAAUCGCCACGGGAGAUCUGGGCUGGCUCCUGCAAAGAGCACCAUUCUAGGAGAAGUGAGACUUGAUUCUGUCACCGACGUUGUGACAAUAAUCAUAACUAUUAUAGAAGGCUAAUACUUACCAACCAAAUGCUUUCUGUGAGUCAGGUAUUGAGCAGAGUAUUUACAUGCAUUAUUUCAUUUAUUUUGCCCAAUAGUGCUUUGAGGUACAGCUGCCCUGUUUUAAAGUUCCAUGUGGACAGUUCCAGUUCUUUGGUGAGAUUGCCAUGGCAAUGGCAAUGCUUUGUCCUGGUUUGUCUGAGCUCAUCCUUUUCAUCACUGCGCUCCUGUUUCCUCCAUUCCUAGAUAGGCUCCUUGACCUUGGUGUGUCUCCAUUCGUUUAGUUUCCUGUAAAAUGGGGGUAAUUGCUUCACAGAGAUAUGUUUGUAUAUAGCUUUCAUAACGUACUAACAAAUACAAAAUGAUAUUCAUGAAUAAUAAUGCUCUGUUGCUGCUGGAAACUUGGUGCCAGGUGUCCUGAUUGUGCUGAGGCUGACCACUUCAGAGGUGGCAGUGAUAAGAGAAGAGGACCAACUGGGAAGACAGUCCAUUAAAUUAGCAACUGCAUAGAAAUCUAGACGUCCUUUCUUCUGUAGAUCUACAGAGCUGGGACCAAGUGGAGAGGGGAAGGAGUUUGGAACUGGCUGAAAGCCUGCUCCAGGUUAGGGUCGGGGCAUGACCAGCAAUUCAGUGUCCAUUGGGCAGAGCAGAUUCUCCGCUUAAUUUUAUUCAGGAUCAAUCACAAGGAAAUCCUGUGUUGCGGAGAGUCUGAUCCUACAAGCAUUUCUGGGUAGUGGUGUAUUUGAGUAGGAUCAGUACUGUGGUAAGAGAAUCGGUUUUGGAACAAGCCCUGGGCCAGUGACUCAGUGCAGGGGCAGGAAGUCCUGGUUGCGCCUGUGGAAUCUGAGGCCUGGAGCCCAUUGUUCGGAGGGGAUAAGUUGGGACUUCUAACAGGCUAACCAGAUGCUACUGGGCUGCUACUACUAGUAGUACAGUAACGGCUGUUAUAUCAAGUGUUUUCUCUGAAGCCUUGUACCUUUUAUCUGCAUUUCCUCACUGAAUUCUUUCAAGAGCUCCAUCAGGCAGAUACCAUUUUGCAGAUUGUGGAAAUUCAGGCUCCCAUUAGGGUCAAACAAUUAGCCAGUGGUGCAGUUGGCCUUCCUUUUCAGAGCUGGAGCUUUUAACCGUGCUGGUGGACUAAAACAUCACAGGUUUAGGGCAUCUGGACUAAUUCUAGUUUCCACAUCUGGUAGGGUUGAGCCCAGCCACGUGGUGCCUGCCUGGAUCGUGGCAGAAGGGCUGUGCUGGGGAGAGGGCAGUGAGUAGGAGAUCCUUCUUGAGCACCAAGCACAGACGUGUGUUCUCUCUCCAGUGGCUGAUGGUGAGAUUUGCUGCUCUGGGGUUGCUGUGGUGUCAUUCCUGAACUUGGGGCCUAUCUGUCGUGUUUUCUCUCUAGGUGCUGUGCUGUGGGUGGGCUCAGCAAUCUAGCCUAGGGGUAAAUGUCAUGGUUUCUUGAGCCAGACAUGUGAUCUUGGGUAAUUUAUUUUCCUCAGCCUCAGUUUCCUUGUUUUUAAAUGGGGUUAUGAUGAGUAUAUGUGAGUUCAUGUCCCUAAAAUUGCUCAGCAUAGUGCCUGGCACCGUAUCAAGUGCUCAAUAAUUGAUGACUGCUAUUAUUAGCUGUUAGCCAUCAGCUAGUUAGUCUAGGGGAGACCUUCAACUUUAAAACACUUGAAGUACUGCCAGCCUGGGCCACAGGGCUGGGCACUGUGAUUGAACCUGAGGAAAGCUCUGGGAGAGCAAAAGUAUUUUCCCAGAGAAGGGGGUAGACACAGAAGAAGGUAGACCAUUGGGCAGUAAUCAGAGUAAUCAGGGGACCAUACUCAUCAGAUCUAGAGAUAUUUUCUUCGGGCUUUAGACCACCACUCGCCUCAACACUCAGUGGAAUGGGGGCAUUUCAAAGACAGGGACCAGAAUGGAAGAAGGAUCCAACUUUCUGGCAUUUGCUGAUUGAUCAUCUGUUGGAACUGAUUUUCUUCUCCUUUUUUUCAUCUGCUGGGCAUGUUAAAAGCUUUCAGGUUUCAGCUGGUUCUGCUGUGUCAGGCAAUCAAAAGAUGCUCUUUCAUGGAGGGGCAGUUGGCUAAAUGGGAUUAGGGCCUCUUUGAGAGCCCCAUCUGUUCUGUCCCUACCUGAAGGCCUUGGCACCAGGAUUUGGAGGAAGCUGCUAUGAUGAAGCAUCUGCCCAGUGGGGGCAGGGUGAAUGGCCUGGGGUAGGUGGGUCAGAUGGAGGCCAGGAAAUCCUCUUAUCUCACUGGGUGCCCAUUCCUCCCUCAGCAGCAGGAGCUGAGCAGCAAACACUGGUUGGCUGGCUCCUCUGGCUGAUGGCAUGUUGAGGUACAUGGGCCAGUGGCAGCGAGGGCAUCCGAUCCAAAGGGGGCCACUCUAGAGGCUGGGCCACCAGCACCAUGGGCCAGUGUGUCACCAAGUGCAAGAAUCCCUCAUCGACUCUGGGCAGCAAGAAUGGAGACCGUGACCCCAGCAACAAGUCACACAGCAGGCGGGGUGCAGGCCACCGUGAGGAGCAGGUACCACCCUGUGGCAAGCCAGGUGGAGAUAUCCUCGUCAAUGGGACCAAGAAGGCCGAGGCUGCCACAGAGGCCUGCCAGCUGCCAAUGUCCUCGGGAGAUGCUGGGAGGGAGUCCAAGUCCAAUGCCGAGGAGUCUUCCUUGCAGAGGUUGGAAGAACUGUUCAGGCGCUACAAGGAUGAGCGGGAAGAUGCAAUUUUGGAGGAAGGGAUGGAGCGCUUUUGCAAUGACCUAUGUGUUGAUCCCACAGAAUUUCGAGUGCUGCUCUUAGCUUGGAAGUUCCAGGCUGCAACCAUGUGCAAAUUUACCAGGAAGGAGUUUUUUGAUGGCUGCAAAGCAAUAAGUGCAGACAGCAUUGACGGAAUCUGUGCACGGUUCCCUAGCCUCUUAACAGAAGCCAAACAAGAGGAUAAAUUCAAGGAUCUCUACCGGUUUACAUUUCAGUUUGGCCUGGACUCUGAAGAAGGGCAGCGGUCACUGCAUCGGGAAAUAGCCAUUGCCCUGUGGAAACUAGUCUUUACCCAGAACAAUCCUCCGGUAUUGGACCAAUGGCUAAACUUCCUAACAGAGAACCCCUCGGGGAUCAAGGGCAUCUCCAGGGACACUUGGAACAUGUUCCUUAACUUCACUCAGGUGAUUGGCCCUGACCUCAGCAACUAUAGUGAAGAUGAGGCCUGGCCAAGUCUCUUUGACACCUUUGUGGAGUGGGAAAUGGAGCGAAGGAAAAGAGAAGGGGAAGGGAGAGGUGCACUCAGCUCAGGGCCCGAGGGCUUGUGUCCCGAGGAGCAGACUUAGUGGCUCUGUCCCAGGAGCAGCAGCAAGGAUCUGCCCGCUGCCCUGCAGCCAACCGAGGAAUUGGACCUUUUUGGAAAUUACUGAAGAUCCGGAUAUUUUCUACUUUACACCUUUCUCUGCCUUGUAUCUGAAAGGGCUCUAAAAUGCUGUAUCAUGUUUUAGGCACUUUCUUCAUUUUUUGGUUAUUUUGGUUAUUUUUUGGGGGGGAGAUCUCCCAAAAUAUUUGAACCUGGCUACAUGUUGUGUAUCUUUUUUUGAAGCCUUCAGAUAGAAUAAGCCUGCCAUUUCUUGCACAAAUUAGAUUAUUUUUGUGUGGGGGAGGGGUUAGAACAGGGAGGGGGGAUGGGACUGUUAGGUUGAAUUAACAUUACAAAAUGAUACAGUGCCAGAUCUCAGUUUUGCAUAUUGUUUUUCAGGGCAGGUCUGUACUGUGUGUAGUGCUGUUUACAUGGUUGAAUUUAGGUUGUAAUAAUUAUUUUUAAAGAUUUACACAGAUUUGAAUAGCAGUGUUAACUGUUAGCCACAUUGCAUUAAUUACCAGGCAAUUUAGAGCUCUUGGAGAGCCAUGGCCAGCCAAGAGCAUUUGUAGUCUGGUGACAACCCCCCUUUAAGCUAAUUUAUCCAGAACCCGUAUUUCCCUCACUUCUUGCUCAUUCCUUCUUUGACCUAUUGCAUUUCAUGUUGAGUUUAUCCAUCAACAUGCUGCACCUGUCAGUCAAGUGAGCAUUUUUUAAGAACACGUUGUACUGAGAACCACUUAAGCAUUGAAUGCAGAGAAAGCAGUGCUACCUCAGUUUUGCUGGAAGUAGACUUCUUUGAUAGUUUUCUUUCUUUGAUGAAGUUUCUGUAUUUUCAUGUUGUAAGUGGAAAUACUUUUUUUUGUUUGUUUGUUUCAUUUGCCUUGGAGCCAAAGUUUCUGUUCCUGGUGGUCGGGAAACUGCCUGCCGGCCAGCUGACUUGAAAGAAAACUGUGGUAUGGAGCUCUGCUUGAAUUUAAUUUUUUUUUUUUUUUUUUUAGUUUAGUUUUUUCUUUGAGUAUCAUCAGCUUACUUGUCUGGCAAGGGCAGAAGCCUGGGGUUGGCCUGAACUCUGCCAAACAAAUAUCAAAGUGUAUUUAAUAGUUAAAUUUGUGCCCUUUCCCUUCUUGCUGCACCCAUGUUGUCACUUAACCCCCAGGAGUUAUUUAUUAUCUUUUUGUUAAAGUCAGGCUCAGUUGGGGUAAUGUGAUGACUGUUUAGGUUUACAUGACCCUCCUCUCCUUUCCCUACCCCUAAAUAUGUAUAUAUACAUAUAUAAAAUAUGUAUAUAUUUUACCUAUAUAAAAUAUAUAUAUAUACACAUAUAUGUAUCUAUAUUCCUUUGUUUCUUUGCCUAUUUAAACUGGCCAUAAAAGAGGGAGCUGCCUUCAAUAUAUAAAGUAUAAGAGUGCCAGGGAAUGCCAUAAUGGAGGCUUUGGGAUCUGAAUUUGGACCAUUUUCACUAAAGAGGAGUUUGCUUAGCCCUUUCCUCACAAGAGGGAGGGCCUGGUUCCCCAGACUUCUCCACGCGCCCGCUCCAUAAGGCCAGCUUUGGCCAGACUGCCACAGGGGCCUGAGGAGCUGACCUUGGUCCUACCCAGUUUCAGUUAGAGGGUCCUCCCGUUAAUUUCUCCAUUUAAAAAGUAUGUCCUCAGAAAACUGUACUGGAAGGAUGGGUGGCAGGAACUUGUAUAGUUCAGCUUCCAACACUUUGGAACAGAUUAAAAAGGGAAUCUUUUAAAUAAAAACUUAUAAGAAUAUUUUAUACUCUUGAGGUAAUGAAACUUUGUCUAUUAAACAUUUGGAGGUUUCUGCCCUAAUGAAUACCCCUCUACCUCCCAGGAAUGUUUCUCAGCCUGGGCAGGAAUUGCAUGUUUUGAGUUCCAUUGUGAGUAGCCUUACAGCUCUGGGCUCCCAUCUUAAGGAUUAUUAAAGAGUUUUGGCAGUAUUUUUCUAAAAUUGGUAUUGACAAUAGGGAACAUUCUUGGAAUUUUUUUAAGCCUAAACCUGACAGUUCCUCUUUCAGAGGGGCAAAUGGGAAACUUUAAGAUCAUCUACGGUACAGUAUUGCCAGAAAGCUGAAGGGGGUCGGGCCUGGCUUCUGCUCUAGCUAAAUAAGAAUCCUGAAUGAGUCUCCAGGGGUCCCAGCAGGUUCUGUAGGAUCCGCUGUAGCUGGGGUACCCAGACUGAGGUUUUAAAAUGGACGCUUUUUUAUUGAGCCAGUUUGCAACUCAUUUUUUCUGGUUCUGGACUGAGUAGUGGUUGACUGAGGGAAAAGGCAGGCUGCUCUUGGCCAGGUAAGGCCCUUUCCAUCCCAGAUCAGGGUGUAUCAGAGAGACGCAUGCAGAAGAGGGAGGCAGCCCAGGGCCCUGAAUACUCUGGAGAAACUAGGUUCCUUCCCCAUCCUGUAAGAAGACAUUCCGUGCAUUAGGUAUACUAAGAGUGGGUGGAUUUUGUUUUUUUUUUAAAUUAACUAUUUAGCUUCCUCAUUCCCCCACCACAAAAGCCAUUUAGUUAUUUUUUUGGUUAUAUUAAUCCAUUUGCAAAUGAGAAGCCAGAAAAGGGAGCAGUCAGGGAGGGACUUACAAGUUCCUUCCAAGUUUGAGUACUUUUUACUCGGCAAAGAUUUCAAGCUUCUGCAGUAGCUCUGGGCCAAUGCUUUCAUGACAAGAAAUGCAGUUUUUUCUGCAAAGGGAUCCAAGGUGAGGUGUGUGUAGGGUUUGAAGUUAUACUUCUGGGAAAUUAAAAGCCUUGUUCCUUUCAACCUAGAAAUAGGUUUGCCACUUAAUGAGUGAGCAGUAAGUCUGUGUAAGAGACCGAAUGCGUGCCCCUCAGGUAAGCUAGUACACUCCUUGCUUAGCAAUAUAACAUUAGGGUGAUGUGGAGAGGGUCAGGAUGUGGAUGCCACUUUGGAAAUUUGCAACAUCUGAGGGUGACAACUGUUGGGAAAUAAGAACUUGGUUUUGACAAAUGGCUUUGUCUGUGAGCUUCUGUGAUGUUUCCUUAGCAAUUUAUUAGAAAGCUGGUAUGAGAUGACGUGCUGCUUCAUUGCAUGUGCUUUCCCCGAUCCUUGCCAAAUCCGAAUGUAUCAUUCUAAUCCCACCUCCUGUAAGAGCCUCCGCUGUGUUUCAGCUGGUUGUCUCAGCAGGUGAAGUGCUGCCCACCUGUGGGAGUUGGGUCCAGGAACCCAUGUCUGCCCUUCUGAUAAGGGAAGACGGAUCUAGAGCUGGGCGAAGAUCUAAAUUUUAACCAAACCUCCGGGCCCAGGAAAAUAACAAUUGAAAAUGCACAAGACAGUGUUUUCAAUAUUAAACUUCCUAAGGAAGGCACAAACUAGUCUUUUGGAAAGGAAGAAAGGAUUAAGCCACAGAGUAUUAGUCUUUGAAGCAGUAUUGAUCUCCAGGGGCUGGUGCCAAAAUUUAGUCCCGAAUGCUGGAGGCUGUAGGAUAUGGGACCUCAUAGUACACUUGACGGCCUCAUAUACUGUAUACCCUGCCAAAUUGUACUAAGCAGUGGUGGAAAGUUACUGGGGUAAGAACUUGUCUACAAGUUUGCAAACCAAAACAGAGCUUUUAGGUUGGUGCAACAGUAAGGCAGAAACCACAAUUACUUUUACACUAUUUAGGAGUGUUUGGUUUGCCAUAUUCCAAAUGAGGUCUUCAGUGUAGCAAAGCCCAAAAGUUAGAUUCAAUUAUGCAAUUAUAAAGUAAGGCAUGGAAAGAAGCUGCUGCUAGGUUUUUGUUGCUUUUUACUUGACUGCUUUGCUAUUUUUCUUCUCUCAUGUUUGGUUGGCUAUGACUUGAGCAUCUUGGUAACUGACAAAGGUCUUCCUUGGGGGACUUGAACAUCUUGGUAAAUGACAGGUCUUCCUUGGAGGACUCCAGCAGUAUCUUGUUUAAACAGCUGAAAGGACUGUUAAGGCUGUUGAAUUGUGUUAAUUGGGACUCACUGAGGAAAUGCGACAUUGGUCCUCCUCUUCAUUCCACAGUGUGUUUUCUGAUCAUAUAAAGGAGGUUCCCAUCCACCCCCCCCUUCAGUUUAUUCUCAUGGUAAGCUGUAAUUACAUAUCCAGUUUAAACUGGACUGGAACUGCAUGUUGGUGAGGAUCAGCAGGGGUUUUCCCCCUUUUCAAAAGACAAAAUAGAUUCUUGAGCACUGGUUCCAGAAGCAAAAUAGUUUAAAUAGCUUUGCAUAACCAUUGGUUUCUGCUUCUGAUUCAGGUGCUGGGCAUUAUGUUGUCCCUAUUCUUCUUGGAAACCCAGCCUAUCUCAUACAUACCUACUUCCACCACCCAUCUAACUUCCCUGCUCCUUUCAACACAAAUCUUGGAUAUUGCCAAAGGAAGCCAUUCAGCAGCUGCUGCGGUUUUUUAUCCCCACUGACAUGCAAACAUUUGCUCUGGGAGAAGUGUCUUCCCUCUGACCCUGCUCCCCAGCCCUGUCUGUGAUUAAUUGCUCUUACCUGUUGCACUAAUGAAUAUGAUUCGUUUUUGUUGUUUUUUUUUUGUUUUUGUUUUUUGACUCUAGGUUUUAAAGGGGGAAUGUAAAGCAAUAGGCAAAUGGGGCUUAGAUGAAUUGGUCCCACAGAUAUACCCUGCCUUAAGCCGCUGAGGUGAUGAGUCCACUGCUCAUGUGACCCUCCACCUUUGUGAAUCCCUCUUGGUUUGUGACCAGUGUGUCUAUUUGUUGAGGUUGUACAAACUUGACAAAAGUUAAUACUUUUGUUUGUAUUUGCUGCACUGUUGCACUCUCCAGAUGGCCCCUUGAGUAUUUUUAUUGACUUGUUACACACAUUUUUGUCUUUGAUGUCUACAUUUUUCCUUUAAUGUUUUUUAUUUGGAAGGUUACCUGCUGUUGGAUUUAAUAAAUUUGUUUACUUGAUUAUUGAUAUUUCUAAAAAAAAAAAAAAAAAAAAAAGGUGACUUUAUUCUGGGGCAAAAUUUACCCACUGGGAGCUUCUGCCAACAUGAUAUUCAGUAACAAUUUUUAUUCUUUGAAAAAUAAUCCAGAUAAGUAUAGGAUUCUCAGACUCCAAACAUGAGUGUUGACCUCCCACAUACCAAACUUAAUAGAGUGGCUUUUAGGGGUCUCAGUGCUUAGAGGCAAUGAGAAAGUAAGUCUUCACAGAGCCACUGCCUAAAUAGUCUUACCUUAGCAACUGAUGUGAAUUCUCAUGAGGAAUAAAAAGUGAAGUUGAGUACUAUAUUAAAUGUGUGAUCCGUAGAUUUAACAGUAUCGCAGUGAGUAAGGCAAAGGAAACAAGCUGUGUCUAGCUUUAACUGUCGAGUGCCACUGCUAUCUGACCUUUGGCAAGUUAGUGAACCUCUAAGUUUCCUUUUACUUAUCUGUAAAAUU